AUGGUAUUGGCUGUUCAUGGUGAUUUGAGAGGACACAAUUUGCAAAAGUUAAAUUAUUCCUCUUGUAUCGUUGGGGCACAUUCAUUUGCCGGUGUUAUUCUGUUCUCUAUUGAAACACAGCAGACAAUUGGCUACGGUACACGUUCAAUAAAUGAAAAUUGCCAUUUUGCUAUAUUUUUGGUGAUGAUACAAUCGAGCGUUGGUUUAAUGAUACAAAGCUUCAUUGUCGGUCUUGUGUUUAUGAAAAUAUCUCGUCCAAGACUACGUGCUGAAACAUUAUUAUGGUCACGCAAAGCUGUAGUGUGUGUGAGAGAUGGUCAACUAUCUUUUCAAUGUCGUGUCGGUGACAUGAGAAGAUCUCACAUUGUCGAGGCACAUGUUCGAAUGUAUUUGAUUAAAAAACGUGUAACGCAAGAAGGAGAAACAAUCCCAACAGAAACGUAUGAUAUGAAUGUUGGUUAUGAUAAUGGGACAGAUCGACUAUUUUUGAUUCGACCGUUGACUAUCGAUCAUGUUAUUGAUGAGCGUUCACCACUGUGGACUUUGAGGAAAAAUGAUCUGACGAAAGAACGUUUUGAAGUUGUUGUUAUUCUAGAAGGUAUCGUGGAAGCAACAGGAAUGACAACUCAAGCAAAAACAUCUUAUAUACCAUCAGAAAUUGAAUGGGGACAUCGAUUUGAACGCUUAGUAAUAUUUCACAAAGGUAGCGGACAAUAUCGAGUUGAUUACUCAAAGUUUAAUUUAACAUAUCCAAUUGAAAUGACGUCCUAUAGCGCAAAAGAAGUUAAAGAACAAACAGAAGCUUAA